AUGAAGGACGUGGAGCAGGUGACCGAAGAGGCAGGGAAGUUGGAGCAGGUGGGGGAGAAAAAGGUGAAAGAGGAGGAGGAGGAUGGAGACUGCUGUCGCAGAGGCCGCUGUGACCAGCCGGAUGAAGAGUGGAUCUCGGAGAAUGAAAGUCUCUGGAGUGAGGAGAAGACCCCUCCGGACAGCCCUCAAACUGUCCGUCUCCACCCCUAUACCCCUCUGGCUCCCCAAUACUGCCAGCCCCCGAAAGGAGCGACCCCCACCCAGCCUGCUUCUAUUUUGGAGAGGCGGCCAGCGCCGUGGGACCCUGACUAUGAUGUGGGAAAGAUAGUGGGGCAGAUACCCCCUCUGGGGCAGGGCAUUUCCUUUUCCUGUCGGACCCUACCCCACCCCUCCUUCUCGCCUCUGUACGAAACGCUGGACCCCCGUUCCCCGCUGCUGCCGCCACCACCGGACAGGGGUGCCCUGGGGAGCCGUGGCCCCAGGAUGGACAGAGGUAGCCAUGGCCCUGCUUGUAGCCCAGCACCUCACCAUCACAGUCCUGGGGUCGAGGGAGGGAUCCCUGUUCUCUCGCGCCAUGAGCUCUUCAUGUCCGACCCCCUUCUCCCCCCUGGCCAGAGGAUCAUGCUCCACGUCAGCCAGCCCCCCCAGCCCCGGGGGACCCUGCGGCUGAGGACCCCACCCCCCAUCAUGGCCUGCAGGGUCAGCCCACCCGCCCCUGCCCGCCACCCAACCUGGCUUUCGGGCCCAGAGCUGGGCGCGCUGACCGGCCUCCUGGAGCUGGAUGGUCAGGCUGGGCCGGUGGUGGCAACCCCCCUGACCACCUCCCCUUCCCUGACCACCUCCCACUCAUCUCCUGGUCACGCUGACCAACGGAGUGGGGGUGACCAGUCUGUGUAACCCCCCUGGGUCCCUCCCCUCAGCCCUGCAAGCAGAGGGGCCAGUGAGGGUGGAGGAGAGAGGGGGUACAAGGUAGAUAAUGUCUGUUAUAGUUGGGGGGGCAGUCACGCCCCCACCCUCUUUUGUAACUGUUGUGGUUGUACUGAUAUUCAAUAAAGUUUCUUUUUUUAAUCAAUG